ACUUAAAAAAGUUUUGCAUAUUUGAUCGAUAAAUCGCAAACAAUAUUCAGGAGAUCCUCAGCAUUGGUCAAAUUACAUAUCCCUUUCCCACCAAUAAAUAAAAUGUCGCAAAACACAGUCCUCAGUCCAUCGGAAGAAGAACAAUUUCAAUCGUUCGAAACGAAAAUCGAUGAAGUCAUGAACAUUUUGCAAAUGAUGAACAGCAAAGAUCCCGUUGAACAGAAAACCGGAACCGAUAAGGCUGACCGAUUUCUGGGCGCCGAUCAACGGUACAGGGAUAUGUUGACAAUGGAUGAUUUCGUGGUGAAAGUGAAGGAAAAUCGAACGAUUAUCAAUAAGGUCGACGAAGAUCACCUAACCGAAUCGAGUUCGAUGGGAAAGAGUGCGUUUAUGGCCGAAAUGGAAAGAGAUGCUGGGCGUAGACGGAAGGAACGAAAGGAACGUGAGACGAUAGCGCAAAAUUUGAGACGGCUCGGAAAUCAGGCAUUCCGUGAUAAGGAAUACGAAAAGGCUGUUGUAAUGUAUACUAAGGCGUUGGAUCAUAUCAAAGAUAGCUUUGUCAUCUUCAAUAACAGAGCCCUGGCCUAUUUAGCAUUGAAAUCAUACAAACGAGCAAUCAUUGACUGUGAUUUCGUCCUUCAGAAAUUGGAUGAGAAAAAUCUACGAUCCUGGCUGUGCAGAGCAAAUGGAUUUUUCAUGCUCGGCGAGAUGAGAGACUUUGAGAAAAGCAUCAACGAAGCCAAAAAGAACAAUCCGAAGGAAAUUGAGUACAUCGAAAAAGUUAUCGAGCGCAUUCGCAGCGAGGCGCCACUCGAAAUGGAUGUACAAUCGCAAUAAACAACAUUUAGACUUACCCAACAA